AUGUCCAGACUUUUGUAUCGCCAGUGCCCACGGCGGGUUCAUCCCCGUUUCCCUCGGGCGUCCCUAGUUCGCAGUUAUACUUCUGCGUCGCCCAUCUCACAGUUCGACUGGGAGGAUCCUCUGGCAUCUAAGAACCUGUUGACUGAGGAGGAAUUGGCUAUAUCUCAGACAGCCGAGCGGUACUGCCAGGAGCAUAUGCUUCCUCGCGUUUUACAAGCUUAUCGUGAUGAACAUUACGAUGCCAAGAUUCUCGAAGAGAUGGGCGAGAUUGGACUCCUCGGGGCUACGAUUGACGGUUACGGUUGUGCCGGCGUCUCGACAGUUGCCAGCGGGCUGAUUACUCAGGCGGUCGAGCGGGUGGACAGCGGUUACCGCAGCGGCAUGUCUGUGCAGUCCUCACUUGUCAUGGGCGGUAUCAACGACUUUGGGACGGCUGAGCAGAAGGAGAAGUAUCUUCCGCCAAUGGCAAAAGGGAAGCUCCUUGGUGCCUUUGGCCUGACCGAGCCCAACCAUGGCAGUGAUCCUGGGUCCAUGGAAACCACUGCCAGACCUCAUCCGCAGAAGAAAGGCUACUACCUCGUUAACGGAUCGAAGACAUGGAUCACAAACUCUCCCAUUGCGCAUGUCCUCCUCGUCUGGGCAAAACUGAAGGAAACCGGGAAGAUCCGUGGCUUCCUCGUAGACAGGAGGGACUGCCCUGCCGGAACGCUAGAAACACCGGCCAUCAAGAACAAGACUGGGUUGAGGGCGUCGAUGACGGGUAUGAUCCAGAUGGACGAUUGCCCCGUCCCAGAAGCGAACAUGUUUCCGGAUGUCGAGGGGCUAAGAGGUCCCUUCACCUGUCUUAACAGUGCCAGGUAUGGGAUUGCCUUCGGCACGAUGGGGGCCCUGGAAGACUGCAUCUCCCGGGCCAGGGAAUAUGCUCUGGAGCGAAAGCAAUUCAAGGGCAAUCCCAUCGCCAAGUACCAGCUGGUCCAGAAGAAGCUGGCGGAUGCUAUUACAGACGCAGCGUUUGGGGUGCUCGCGGCCAUCCAGGUUGGCCGGCUGAAGGACGAGGGGAAGGCCACUGCCGAAAUGAUCAGUAUGAUCAAACGCCAGAACUGUGAUACAGCGCUACGGAACGCUCGAGUGCUCCAGGAGAUACUCGGAGGAAAUGCGGUCAGCGACGAGUAUGGAAUCGGCCGCCAUGUGGCAAACCUCUUCGUCACUCAGACAUACGAGGGUCAGAGUGACAUCCAUAGCCUCAUACUCGGACGAGCUGUUACUGGGCUACAGGCCUUCUCGUUUUCCUCUCGCAGUGACCCUCCUUCAUCAUGCUCAGCUGGUCCUGUCGGCGAAGACCUGUUCCACUGGCAAGCCACAAUCAUGGGACCGGGUGACUCACCUUACUCUGGCGGUGUCUUCUUCCUAGCCAUCCACUUCCCGACAGAUUACCCCUUCAAGCCCCCCAAGGUCAACUUCACCACCCGGAUCUACCACCCGAACAUCAACUCCAAUGGCAGCAUCUGCCUAGACAUCCUCCGAGACCAAUGGAGCCCAGCGUUGACCAUUUCCAAAGUGUUGCUCUCAAUCUGCUCAAUGCUGACGGACCCCAACCCCGAUGACCCCCUGGUCCCUGAGAUUGCCCACGUGUACAAGACCGAUCGCGCUAGAUACGAGGCGACAGCCAGGGAGUGGACUCGCAAGUAUGCCAUCUAA